CUCCCCCUUCUGACUGAUGAGUAAGCAGCGAAAGCGCCACGCCCGUUCAGAUGAGAGCAGAGUUCGAAGGAUUACCAAAACUAGAGCUAGAGCAGCGCUCAAAGCAGCUAGUGCUCUCCCGAAUGAAAUUGCCAGUGAGACCAGCCAAUCUCCCGAGUUUCCGAAAGCUCCAGCGAGUGGGAUCCCCACAGAGUCGUUGGCGGAUUCGGUUUCGAAAGUGGACGGAGAAGCUGCUAAACUCUACAAAAAAGCUGUAGAGGAGGCAUCUGAUGAAUACCAGUCUAGACGAGCGAGGAUAACCGAUGGCACGGCAAUGGCGAGCUCGGUCGAAUGGGGCCCAGUUGCAGGCUGCUCAGAUCCCAAUGAGGAGAUGGACAGAGACCAAAAAGGCAUAGCAGCGAUCAGAAAUUGUCUUGAUAUAGCCGUAUCGGAGUUGUCAGACGGUGUAUGCGGCUCUGUCUUGUCCGAAUGGACCAAACUGAACAGACAGGAGCAGGGUGAACGACAAGAUAUAUGGAGAACGGUUGGGCCAGAGAUCGAAAGACGUGCGAAACUGCUCCGGGCGGAGCUUUAUGCAGCAACGAAAGUUGACGAGUCAUCAGAGAAUAACGAGAUUAGCCUCCGAGCAGCCUUACUUGAAGGAUUGCUGAAGUCCACGGGUUCCCUCUCCGAUCCUGAUGAUGUGGAGGUCCUCAGGCAAAUAACUCAGGAGGGAGG